AUGGCGAUCCAGAAGAAGCACGGCAAAGGUCGUCUCGACAAAUGGUAUAAGCUUGCAAAAGAGAAAGGCUACCGAGCCCGUGCCGCCUUCAAAUUGAUUCAACUGAACAAGAAGUAUGGCUUCCUCGAGAAAUCGCACGUCCUGCUGGACUUGUGCGCUGCGCCCGGAUCUUGGUGUCAGAUCGCCGCAGAGACUAUGCCCGCAGGCAGCCUAAUCAUUGGCGUCGACCUUGCGCCCAUAAAGCCGAUUCCUCGAACCAUCACAUUUCAAGGCGACAUCACGACCGACAAGUGCAGAGCAACGAUCAGAUCACACGUCAAGCAUUUGAAGUGCGACACAGUUCUGCAUGAUGGUGCUCCAAAUGUGGGUGUAGCGUGGGUUCAAGAUGCAUUCUCCCAAGCAGAAUUGGUGCUACAGUCGAUGAAGUUGGCAACAGAAUUUUUAAAGGAGGGCGGUACGUUCGUGACCAAGGUGUUUAGGUCCAAGGACUACAAUGCACUGCUUUGGGUCUUUAAGCAGCUGUUCACCUUUGUUGAAGCAACGAAGCCGCCAUCGUCAAGGAAUGUUUCUGCCGAGAUCUUCGUCGUCUGCCGCGGCUUCAAAGCUCCUAAAAAGCUGGAUGCCAAGUUCUUAGACCCCAAGCAUGUCUUCUCCGAAGUCGAACAGAUCAACCCGAACAACGAAGCAAAGGUCUUCAACCCAGAAAAGAAGAAGCGAAGGAGAGAAGGUUACGAGGAAGGUGAUUGGACACAGCACAAAGUGGUGCCCGUGAGCGAAUUCAUCCACACGAUAGACCCUAUCAAAAUUCUGGGCGAGACCAAUACUCUGAGCUUCGAGCAGACCGGUAAUGGAGAUCUAGCCUUGGCUGCCCUCAAUCGCAUGCCAGAGACGACAAACGAGAUCCGGCAGUGCUGCGCGGAUCUGAAAAUUCUCGGCAAGAAGGAGUUCAGAACACUGCUACGGUGGCGUAUGAAGGUGCGAGAUCAAUUUGGUAUGUCUGCAAAGGCGAAAAAGCAGCAGGCAGAGGAAGAGGCGAAGGAAGGCGAAGAAGUAGCCGAGGUCGAGUCGAUGGAUGAAGAGAUGCAGAUGCAGGAAGAGAUGCAGCGCUUGAAGGACCAGAAAGACAAGCAUAAGAGGAAAGAGCGUCGGAAAGAGAACGAGCAAAAGCAAAAGGAGCUCGUUCGAAUGCAGAUGCACAUGACUGCUCCUUUCGAUAUCGGUAUGGAACAGCAAGUUGGACCGGCUGGGGAGGGCGCUAUCUUCAACCUGAAAUCUGCGGAAAGAGCCCAAGACCCUACUAAGAUCGAACAGAGAGAAAUGGAGGAGAGCGAUGACGACUCCGAGAUUUGGGACGCUGGAUCUGCCAGCGAUGAUGAGUCUGAUCCCGAAGGCGACAGACUCGAGGAGGAGCUUGAUAGCCUGUACGCGGAUUUCCGAAGCAGAAGAGAAGAGCGGGAUGCCAAACUCCGGGCUAAGAGAGCGAGGAAAGAGAAGGAGACGGACGAGUGGCAGGGCCUCUCCGACAACGAUAAGAAUGAAGAUUCCGACGACGAUGAGCAGCCACUUCAGGUGACACAGGUGCCCCGCAACAACGGGCUGUCAAACAAGGCUGCCAUGUUUUUCGACCAGGAUAUCUUCCAGGAUCUCGGGGUUGAUGAGCUUCAGGAUGAGAACGAUAGUGCGAUUGAGCUGGAUGAUGAGUCCGAUGAGAAAGUUCCCACGACGAAGAGCGAAACGAAGUCCAGCUCAAGUAAGGCCAUACAGACGAAGAACAAAGAAAAGCCUUCCCGGUCGGGCGAAGCCACAAGCGAAUGGAGUGACGAUGAGGAAUCCCAUGCGACAACCUCUCGUGCCGAGGACCCACUCAAGCCCAACGGUCAGCUCGACAUCGACAUCAUUACAGCUGAAGCCAUGACUCUGGCGCACUCGCUCGCUACCGGUGAGAAGAAGUCAGGCGACAUCGUCGACGAGAGCUUCAACCGCUACUCCUUCCGGGACGUGGAAGGGCUGCCAGAGUGGUUUCUCGAUGACGAGACAAACCAUUCGAAGCUGCAAAGGCCCGUCACCAAAGCAGGAGCAGCUGCUAUCAAAGAGAAGCUACGGGCUCUGAACGCACGACCCAUCAAGAAAGUACGUGAAGCACAGGGUCGCAAGAAGUUCAAGGCAGCACAGCGUAUGGAAAAGCUGAAGAGGAAGAGUGCACUCUUAGCUGAGGAUGAAGGCCUCAGCGAGAAAGACAAGGCCAGCAGCAUAGCGAGGAUGAUGAGCAGGGCUACGAAGAAGAAGCCCAAGCAGCAGGUCAAGGUGGUGGUCGCUAGAGGUCCUAAUCGGGGUAUCAGUGGACGGCCCAAGGGGACAAAGGGGAAGUACAAGAUCGUGGAUGCGCGCCUGAAGAAGGAUACUAGGGCGGAGAAGAGGCUGGCGAAGAAGAAUAAGCGCUGA